AUGAAGAUUGGCGAACUGAGACCAGAACAGUCGGCGACGGUUGAAGCUUUAGUGCGUGAACUACAAAACUUGGAUAGCAGUGCAUUUCCUGCUUUGUACUCUUUGGCAGAAAAUGAACUCUUCCGUCUGCGUGGCGGCAUUGCGGACUCAUUUGACUUGGUCAGCAACAAACCUGUAAAAGUGAGGGCAAAAAUAGAAAUUCCUCAGGCACAAUAUCCUGCUAUUAAUUUCGUUGGGAAACUUCUUGGUCCGGGAGGUCAGACACUGAGAGCAGUGCAAGAAACCACCAAAACAAAAAUGGCGAUCUUAGGUGCUGGCAGUCUAAGAGAUGACGCUAAGGAAAAGCAGCUCCUUUCCAAUGGUGAUCCGAAAUAUCAGCACCUCAAGCAAAAGCUGCACCUUCAAGUUGAUAGUUUAGGUCCACCCUCGGAAUCAUGUUAUCGGUUAGCCCAUGCAUUAGCGGAAGUAAGGAAAAUCAUGCUACCAGAGCAAACAGAACCCACAGCUCAACAGUGGGUUCAGCAAAACCAGCCUUUGCCCGUGGCCGGAAGGAAUGUUUCCGUCAGAAAUAUCCGUCCCCCUUUGCGCGGUCCGCCACCACCACCACUUCAAGCUCCCUUCGCUGCACCUCCAGUGCAGCUUCCUUUCCGUGGUCGAGGUAAGCCUUGGAUAGGCAGAGGUGUUGCCAAGAACGGUGUUGCUAUCCAACCACCAGUUCCUGUUGCUUCCGAGGUGUUUGCUAAUGAUGUGAAUACCGUUGCCUACCCUCCAAUAACUCUGUAUGAGCAGAAUGAGUUCAAUUCCCAUGUUUUUGAAGAUUUCGGAACGAACUAUGGUAGACUUAUUAUUGUUCAAAUGGAUUCGUAGUCGUUGAAUUUGUAAGUAUAUAUUCAACUUUUAAGUUUGCUUUUCAGUUUCAUUUUUUUGUACUAUAUUUGUUUUUUCAUAUAAAAAAAAACUAUUGUCAAUAAUCUUUCUGGAAGGAGUAAAUAUGUACUGCACGCUACACAUCACUAGGGUGAUUAAAAUAAGUAGUAAAUUACUGAUUUGAUAUUUCGAAUGUGUAAUUUUGUACCCAUAAAUUACACCCAAAAUGUUAGAUUUCGACCUUACCCUUUACUCAAUAAGACAUUUCAUAGUAUCACUUCUAUGAUCUUCAGCUUAAUCCUUAAUUCAUCUCUUCUGUAUGAUAUUUCAUAACUUUCAGAUAACUGGGUAUUUAAGAUUUAAUGUAUAUGAAUUCAACAGAAACAUUUUGCGUACUUUUUAGCUCAAUUCUUUUGAACUGUUUUAUACAUUGGUUUCACGGACUUUUUCUCAAAUAAAGGUUGCUGGAGUCCUUGUGGUUGGAAAAAAUCCCAAAUAAUCUAAUGUAUUAGUCACAAGUACAUUCCGCAAUACAAUGUAGACAAUAUCUUACUGUAGGUGUAACUUCAGAAGCUUAAGUUGCUUAGUAAAGUCAUAUAUUUUUUAUACUAAAUUUUCACGUCUUUUAUGAAUUCAGUAAUCGAUUGUUGUAUUUCUUGACAAUUUAUGGAGAUCUACAAAAUAAAUCAAUUUUGGGUUCAUUAAACUGUUGGUUUGUCAGUUAACGGUUUCCUUAAGUUGAAAGUCCAAAUAAAUUUAAUGUAUUGACUGUCAAACUAGUGUUUUAUCAUUUCCGGAUAACUAGUAUGUCCGUUACUAUAAAUUUUGGUGUCUAUUUUUCAUUCACUUUACAUGUGAUUGAUUUCAUUACCCACUCUUUUUCUCUCAGAUAACAGGAUAAUCUUGUUGUAAUCUGCGAUAUCA